AUGACCUUCCGUAUCCCGCGUACUGGAGCCCUGCGGCUGCGGCGUCCAAUGACUGACGCGCCAUACGGAUUUGAUAUCGAUCAUCCCGGCUCGAGUCCGGAUAUCCCGUACCUUGGCCUGUUGCGUCUUUGCCAUUUCCUCCCUCCGCGGAGCUCUCCGCGUAAGGCCCACUACGGGCCUCACGGAGACGACUAG